AUGGCUCGUAACAGUAAGGCUACUGGAUCACCAAAGACGGUUGUUGAGAAGCAACUGAGAAAGAGAAAGCAGGAAGUGGAAGCUGUGGAAGAAAGCUCAUCAGAUGAGGAACUACAAGUUGAAGGAAUAUUAGAUGAUGCAGCUAGUGAGGAUGAAGAAUCCGAAUCUGAGGAUGCCGACGAAGAAGAGGAAGGAUCAGAUGGAGACUCGGAUGAAGAAUUCAAUGAGUUAUUAGGCGAAGAGGAAGAUGUGAGCGAUGUUGAUUCUGAAGAAUUUUCAGACGAGCCACGAGAUGAGACUGCCUCUAUCACUGAUAAAUUAUCUGGCACUCAAAUCAGAUCUUAUUCUAAUGCCACUGAAGACGAAGCGGAUGAAGUGCAUACAAAAUUUUCAGACGGACGUCCAAGAAUUAUAAAACCAGAGAUCAACCCUAUCUAUGAUAGUGAUGACAGUGACAACGAGAACUUCAAUACUAUUGGUAAUGUUCCAUUAAGUGCGUACGAGGAAAUGCCUCAUAUAGGUUAUGAUAUUAAUGGUAAGAGAAUCAUGAGGCCUGCUAAGGGUUCUGCUUUGGACCAAUUAUUGGAAUCUAUCGACUUACCUGAAGGCUGGACUGGUUUGUUUGAUCAAAAUACCGGUUCAUCAUUAAAGAUCACAGAUGAUGAAUUAGAGUUGAUUAGAAAGAUUCAAGCCCAAGAAAGUACUGAUGAAAACAUUAACCCAUACGAACCAACUAUCGAAUGGUUCACAUCAAAAACUGAGGUAAUGCCUUUAACAGCCGUUCCAGAACCUAAGAGAAGAUUCGUUCCUUCUAAACAUGAAGCCAAGAGAGUCAUGAAAAUAGUAAGAGCAAUAAGAGAAGGUAGAAUUGUUCCUCCUAAUAAGGUCAAAGAACAACAAGAAGAAGAAAAGUACAAUUUUGAUUUGUGGAAUGAUAAUGAAUCAGAAACAAAUGAUCAUAUAAUGAACUUGAGAGCUCCGAAAUUACCACCUCCUACCAAUGAAGAAUCUUAUAACCCACCAGAAGAAUAUUUGAUGAAUGAGGAAGAAAAGAAAAAAUGGUUAGAAUUAGAGCCUGAAGACAGAGACAAAAAUUUUAUUCCGCAAAAGUACAACUCAUUGAGAAAAGUUCCAGGUUACCAAGAAGGAUUAAGAGAGAGAUUCGAAAGAUGUUUAGACUUAUACUUAGCUCCAAGAACUCGUCAUAAUAAAUUGAACAUUGAUCCAGAUUCCUUGAUUCCUGAAUUACCAUCUCCAAAGGACUUGAGGCCUUUCCCUAUUCGUUGUUCCACUGUUUUCCAAGGUCACACAGAAAAGAUACGUACUUUGUCUAUUAGUCCUGAUGGAUUAUGGUUGGCAACUGGUUCCGAUGAUGGGUCAGUACGUAUUUGGGAAAUCUUGACUGGUAGACAGGUAUAUAAAACUGUUCUUGUUGCUGACGAUAAUACUGAUGAUAAUAUUGAAAGUUUAGAAUGGAAUCCAGACAGUAAUUCAGGUAUUUUAGCUGCCGUCGCCGGUGAACAUAUUUACCUUAUUGUGCCACCAAUUUUUGGAUUCGACAUUGAAAACAACGGUAGGUUGCGUAUUGAAUCUGGUUGGGGUUAUGACACAUUUGGUAACAAGUCCAAGACUAAGAACAGUAACAUUAAGGUUAACUCAGAUGAUGAGGAUGAAGAAGAAGCAGAGAAAUCUGAAAGUAACAGCGGUAAGAAGGAUGUUUGUAAAUGGUUUACACCUAACGCAGAACAGUCACAAGCAGGUAUUUCAGCUAUAAUCCAAUGUCGUAAGACAGUGAAGAAGAUUUCAUGGCAUAGAAAGGGUGAUUACUUUGUUACUGUAUCACCAGAUAGUGGUCAUUCAUCAGUAUUGAUCCAUCAAUUAUCAAAACAUUUGUCUCAAUCGCCAUUUAAGAAAUCUAAAGGUAUUAUUAUGGAUGCCAAAUUCCACCCAUUUAAACCACAAUUAUUUGUUGCAUCUCAACGUUACAUUAGAAUCUAUGAUUUAGCGCAACAAGUAUUAGUUAAAAAGUUAAUGCCUGGUGCAAGAUGGUUGUCUAAUAUCGAUAUCCACCCAAGAGGUGAUAAUUUGUUAGCAUCAAGUUUCGAUAAAAGAGUUUUAUGGCAUGAUUUAGAUUUAUCAUCUACUCCUUACAAAACAUUGCGUUACCACGAUAAGGCAGUAAGAUCUAUCAAAUUCCAUAAAGCUAACUUACCACUUUUUGCAUCAGCAUCAGAUGAUGGAUCGAUUCAUGUUUUCCACGGUACUGUUUACGAUGACUUAAUGACCAAUCCAUUAUUGGUUCCAUUGAAGAAGUUGACUGGCCACAAAAUUAUAAAUAGUCUUGGUGUCUUAGAUUUAGUUUGGCACCCUAAAGAAGCCUGGUUAUUUAGUGCUGGUGCUGACGGAACUGCUCGUCUUUGGACUACAUAG